AUGCAGGACGGCCGAUUAAGCGAUUAUCAUGGACGUUACACUGAUUCUACCGUAAUGCGUAUGCCGGAACUUAUCAAACAUCAAGAAGGAACGAUUUAUCUCGGCUUGAGAUUGUUUAAUAUGCCAGCUGGUUCUCAAGGUCAUCCAAUUCGCAUUUUUAAUCGCAUAGUCAAAAUCAAAAAAUUAUAUGGUGAUAAAUGUAAUGAAAGUAAUCGAAGCUGGAAGAAAGACAAAAAUGGAGAUGAUAACUGA